AUGUACGCAUCAGUGACGCCGCAAUUCACGCGCGAGUUAUUGUCGCCGGGACUUCGUGUCGGAUACACUGAUAGAGGUGGUGUUUGGCAAUUCUUAGCAUCCUCUUUAUCACAACGUUUACCUUUGCGUGCAAUUGAAUGGCGUAACCUCGUGGGUGUAACCAAGCGCAUUGAACAAUUACCACUUCAUUUUGUCGAGAUUUCAGACAAAAAUGAUCAUUCCGAUUUUCCUCUUGCGUGUAUUUACGUGGUUAAAUGUGAAGAUUUAGAUUUUUAUAAAAAUACCGUGAGACGUGAUUUAAUGACAUGGGUCGAUCUCAUGACAAGUGCGAAAGUUGAAUGGCUUGUACUGUACGUACCCCUGGGUACACGUCCAAAAGGUGCGGACAAUUUACCAAAUGGUGUUUAUCGUAAAAUCUUUGAGCGAUUACGAACAGAUUUUGUUCUUCAAAAGGGUGGAACAUUCUUACGUGGGACAAUUGCAUCUGGACAAGAAAGAAUUUGUAAACUUGAUAUGUUAAAAGGGACAAGUGUUUUCGGACAUCAACAACAACAUGAAGCUCAAUGGACUGAAUUACUUUUACGCUUACGUUAUUGUGUUAUGGAAGCAUUUGAACGAACAUGUUUUGAAUAUGAAGAAAAAUUACGAAAAUUAGCAGGAAAUCGAGGAGAUUCCAAUUGGAACUUUGGAGCUUUUUUUCAAACAAAAGAUCAACUUGCUUCGAUGUAUGAACAAAUGUACUUACAAGAUGAUGCGAUACGACAUCUAGAUGAACUGGAAGCAUGUUUUAGUGAUUUCAGUCUAUGUGAAAAAAUAGCAUUUCAAUCAAAUUGGACGCACACAAUAUCACAAGACGAUACUAUUUUUACACAUUCUCCUUUAGAUAUUAUCUCAACUAAGACACAAGAAUUGAUUGCAAUGAAUCGUGCAUCAAGUCAAAUCGUUUCACUUUAUUGUUUCUGUCGACAAAUACGUACGUUGUAUGUUAUGGGAAAUUUCCCACAACUUUUAGCACGUGGAAUGGAAUUUAUUGAAACUUUUCAACUUGAAUUACAACAAUUGAAAGAAACUUUGAAAUGGUAUCAACCAUUUCUUUGGGCAGUUGGAGCUUGUUUGGAAAUUGCUUAUGCUUGUGAACUUGCAUAUAGUGGUCGAGAUAAUGAAUGGAAAGGAUCGAGUGUUUCAAUGCAAGCAACUCAAGUGAUUCCAGUUGAAGAAAUGGCUCGAGGACUUGGAAAUCUUUUGUAUCUUGCACGUCGAAUUCUUCGAAAAUUUGCUUGUUUUCGAAAGGAUAUUGAAAAGAAUGAAUUUCAGGAAGAAAUUUCAACUAAACCAUGGUAUCAAUAUCUUCAGCAUGUAUUUGUAUGCACCGAUACGACGUUGUAUGAUCAAUGUCUUUUAGAAGUCUCACAUCUUGCAUCCAUGUAUUUUUCACAAUCUGGAAGACAUCGAUUUGCUGUAUUUCUUGGUCAAGAAUGUGCAAUGUAUCAUUUGAAACGUGGGGAGUAUGAAAGUGCUUCAAGUUUAUUACGAUCAAUGGCUCGACAAAGUGAAGAAGAUGGUUGGUUGAUGAUCUUUCGUGCAUGUGUACGUACAAUUUGUCGAGUUGAACUUGCUCUAGGACGUUCAACUGAAGCAGUUGCUGCUUGCUUUAAUAUGUUAAAAUUUCAUGAGAAAGAUGAGAAAGAAGAAAUUAAAGAAUUUAUAGCAGCACUUGUUUCAUCUUUUCAAAGACCUUUAAAUGGACAAUUGAAUGAAAAGACAACAGUGAAUCUUCAAUCACUUUUGAAUCCAACACUUGCAGUUGAAACAAUGCACUCAAGUGAUUUAAUGGUGAAACUUGGAGAGAUUCGAGUGAGUUUAAAUCUUGUCAAUGACUUUUCAGCUGCACUUCAUAUUGAUCAAAUUCAAAUUCGAUUUCAAAAACUCAAGGAACAAACAAAAGAUGAUGAAGUGACGAUUUUAUUUGAAGAGAAUCAGGUUCAAAUUAAUGAAAAAACAAAUCGAAAGUUUGUGUUUUCUCAUUCAACUGUACCAUUAGGACAUUAUUCUUGUACUCACGUUGAUUGUAUCAUAGCUGGCACUCAAUUCCCCUUGUUAAAAGCCAAUGAAUUAAUUCAAGCAAGUUUUGAAAUGAAAGAAAAGAUGCAAAGUCUACAACUUGCAAUUGAUGGUCCUCACUUGUUUAUUCCACGACCUUUUGCUUCAGUUGAAAAAGUGUUGAUUUCAAUCCAAGGAAAUGAAGAAAAGGUUUCAAAUGGAACACUUGAAGUCUGUACAUUGAAACCAAAUAGUUUAUCGAAUGAAAUGGAAGACUUGACACAUGAUGAAGUGGAAGAGACAAGUGAAGACAAUUGUAUUCUUGAAUUGAUACAAGUUGAUGAAGUUACAAGAUCAUCAAAUGUCUUAAAUCAGUCGUUGGACAUAAACGUCACUUGUAGUUCUAUGACUGUGGAACUACCGACAUUAAAUCGUGGAGAUUAUUUGCUUUAUCUCUUGACUUUAACACUUUCUCCUUUCGAAGAAUCUUCCGAAGAAGCAAUUCAAGAAAGAAGUUUAACGAUUCGAGCAAGUGUACGAUAUCAUCAAGAAUCAUUGGAUUCAAGUACCUUUGCAACAUCAACCCAAGUGCAAUCCCUCGACUCUACAUUCCGUAUCAUUCCACCUUUAACUUCAGUCAUGCGGUUCAAACGUGUAAAUUCUCGACUCUUUACUUCCAUUGCACUGACAUGUAACCCAUUCACUUCUAUCACUUUACUUGAUUAUCGAUUGAAUUGGUUAGACAAUCAAUUCUCAACUACUUCAUACAUAACAUUAGAGCACGAUCCAAACGAAAAGAUGCGAGGAACCCAAUUACGUCCAAGUGAUUGUAUCUAUUGCACAUUUACACAUCAAUGUGGUCAAUUGUUUGAUGAUUUGUCUCAACAAUUUGAUUCUAAUUUCGAACUUGAAUUUCAAGAUGAACAUCAAACAUGGAAACAAACAAUGCGAUUUGAAAUACCAUUGAAACAUGUCAUUGGACCACAAUAUCAAAUUCAUGUCCAUCGAAAACAUGACAAAGUUCAAGAUAUUGAAAGUUCGACAACAGAUCCAAUAAUGUUUGAAAUUCGAAUUCAAGAAAACAUGUCAUCAAAGCAACAAUCUGAGACUUUAGUAUUGUGUUUAACAACAAGAAGUAAACAAGAUUGGAUUCUAAUGGGAAAAGAACGAGAAAUAUUACCACGAAAUUUACAAAGUGAUCCAAGAAAUGGCAUUCGAGAAUUUUAUAUUGAAAAGAAAUUUGUAGCCACGCAGAUUGGACGUCUACGUUUUCCUACGUUUCAACUUGAAAUGAAUGGUCAAUUAAUUCCAUCGUCACGUGUCUAUUGUCAACAAUCAAGUUGUCAAGAAACCAUUUUCUAA